UGAGCAAGAAGAGACAAUGGAUCUGAUUGUGGUGCUGGUGCUCUCUCUGUCCUGUUUGCUCCUCCUUUCACUCUGGAAACAGAGCUCCAGGAAAGGGAAGCUCCCGCCUGGUCCCACUCCUCUCCCUGUUAUUGGAAAUAUCCUGCAGAUAGACGUUAAGGACAUCAGCAAAACCUUAAUCAAUCUCUCAAAAGUUUAUGGCCCUGUGUUCACCCUAUAUUUUGGCAUGAAGCCCACUGUGGUGCUGCAUGGAUAUGAAGCAGUGAAGGAAGCCCUGAUUGAUCUGGGAGAGGAGUUUUCUGGAAGAGGCACUUUCCCAGUGGCUGAAAGAGCUAAUAGAAAAUAUGGAAUAGUACUCAGCAACGGGAAGAGAUGGAAGGAGAUGCGGCGCUUUUCCCUCAUGACCCUGAGGAAUUUUGGGUUGGGAAAGAGGAGCAUUGAAGACUGUGUUCAAGAGGAAGCCCGCUGCCUUGUGGAGGAAUUGAGAAAAACCAAUGCCUCACCUUGCAAUCCCACUUUUAUCUUGGGCUGCGCUCCCUGCAAUGUGAUCUGCUCCAUUAUUUUCCAGAAUCGUUUUGAUUAUACAGAUCAGAAUUUCCUUAACUUGUUGGAACUAUUGAAUGAAAAUGUCAAGAUUCUGAGCUCUCCAUGGGUGCAGGUCUGCAAUACUUUCCCUAUUUUUAUGGAUUAUUUCCCAGGAAGUCAUAAUGAUUUACUUAAAAAUUUUGCUUAUAUAAAAAAUUAUCUUUUGGAGAAAGUAAAAGAACACCAAGAAUCUCUAGACAUUAACAAUCCUCGGGACUUCAUUGAUCAUUUCCUGAUCAAAAUGGAACAGGAAAAGGACAAUCAACAGUCUGAAUUUACUAUUGAAAAUUUGAUAAUUUCUGCAUUUGAUUUAUUUUCUGCUGGAUCAGAGACAACGAGCACCACCUUGAGAUAUGCAAUCCUGCUUCUGAUAAAGUACCCAGAGGUCACAGUGAAAGUCCAGGAAGAGAUUGACCGUGUGAUUGGCAGACACCGAAGCCCCUGCAUGCAGGACAGGAGCCACAUGCCCUACACGGAUGCUGUGGUGCACGAGAUCCAGAGAUACAUUGACAUCAUCCCCACCAACGUGCCUCAUGCAGUGACACAAGAUAUUAAGUUCAGAAAUUACCUCAUCCCUAAGGUGGAUUCCCUGGAUCUAUUGGUAGUCAUAUAUUUUGGCCUCUCUUUCUCCACUCGAUAUACAUACUGUAAGUAUAAGCACACAGCUGAAUUGGUUUUGCUAUAUUUUGUUCUGGGCUUCUAUUCUUAUAUUCGUAAGAUAGAUUGGUCUGCAAUUUUUCUUUUUCAAAAUUUUCUUGUCAUAUUUCUGAUAUCAAGGUAAUGCUGGCCUCACAAAAUGAGGUGGGAAAUGUUCCCUAGUUUGAGUCUAUUCUAUUGCCUUCUCCUCCCACUCUUCUUGCUCAGUCCACUCAGUAGUUUCUUUGGAAUUCCAAAUAAAUUUUAGUUAAAUAAAAGAUAUUAUAUAUGAAAAAAUGGAGCAUUUCAGAGAUGUUUAUCUUCCACUAGAAAGAGUUCUUCUGUCCUCGACUAGGCAGUCAGAAUAAUGUAAUGCUUCCUGCUCUCAUUCAGAGUUGGAAAUGAAGACAGUCUAAAAUUGACUGUAAGUGUCAGCUGACCUCUCUGAGAUUCUCUCAUCUCUGGAAUCUUGAGAAAAGUUUUUGUUUUAAGAGAUUUCCAACGCUUUCUAACAUAUGGUUUUUAUAUUUAUCCAGAUUUUAUAGUUGCUAUGCUGCAAGCUACUUCAUUCCACUUGAAGCCAACACAUAUGACUAAUUAAAUAAGAAAUAAU